UCAGAUACCACCAGACCAGACCAGAUCCGUCCCGCGAAUCUAAGGUCAAACCAACCGCGAUCCGCGAAUCCGCGGAGAGGAGGGGAGGGGAGGGGAAGGGCGCGGGGGCAUGGAGUUCCUGCAGGGCCAGAGGCUGGAGACCACGCUGGCCGUCGCGGCCGCCGUCGUUGCCGUCGCAGCCGGCUCCGCCUACCUCUUCCUCCGCAGUAGGAAGCCCAGGGGAUGCCUAGACCCCGAGAACUUCAAGGAGUUCAAACUUGUUGAGAAGAGGCAGCUGAGUCAUAAUGUUGCCAAGUUCAAGUUUGCGCUCCCAACACCUACUUCUGUAUUGGGUCUUCCAAUCGGACAGCAUAUAAGCUGCAGAGGACAGGAUGCUUCUGGCGAGGAAGUGAUCAAGCCUUAUACUCCAACUACUCUGGACUCUGAUGUUGGAUCUUUUGAGCUUGUUAUAAAGAUGUAUCCCCAAGGAAGAAUGUCUCAUCAUUUCCGUGAGAUGAAAGUUGGUGAUUAUAUGUCUGUGAAGGGACCUAAGGGCCGUUUCAAGUACCUACCUGGACAAGUGAGAGCAUUAGGAAUGGUAGCUGGAGGAUCAGGCAUUACUCCAAUGUUCCAAGUCACAAGGGCAAUUCUUGAGAACCCAAAGGACAACACGAAAGUACACUUAAUCUAUGCAAAUGUCACGUAUGAGGAUAUUCUUCUGAAGGAAGAACUUGACGGCAUGGCCAAAAACUAUCCUGAUCGUUUCAAGAUCUACUAUGUCUUGAAUCAGCCUCCUGAAGUCUGGGACGGUGGCGUCGGGUUCGUGUCGAAGGAAAUGAUCCAGACUCAUUGCCCAGCGCCUGCCGCCGACAUUCAGGUAUUGCGAUGUGGACCUCCUCCCAUGAACAAAGCCAUGGCCGCGCACCUGGACGACCUUGGCUACACGAAGGAGAUGCAGUUCCAGUUCUAAGCGUUACAUUCUCUCUACCAGUACCAGAAUAAACGGGGGUGGAACAAGUUUCGUCGCCUCUUUGAGCAGACGAAGCCUGACCAUAUCGCCAUAUAGCUCCAAACAGACGCGGUUUGCCACUGACAGUCACAGAGCGUCGUACUUAAGGGGUGUUUGGUUUAUAGGGACUAAACUUUAGUCUCUCCACUUUAUUCCAUUUUAGUUCAUAAAUUAUUAAAUAGGGAAACUUAAAUAGAGUUUUAGUUUCUAUAUUUAGUAAUUUAGGGACUAAAAUGGAAUAAAAUAGAGGACUAAAAAUUAGUCCCUAGAAACCAAACACCCCUUUACUCUACCUGGAUGAAAGCAGCAGUACAGUACCCACCUAAUUUGUAUCGGUGUCGGGACAUUGUACCAUGCCGUUCUUUUGUAUCGGUUUGUCACUCACUCACUCCGCGAGCCAGCAGCCCAGCACACGAUCCAUCGUGUCAUUUU